GUGGUCCUGUGCUUUUCCUGUGUGUACGACGUCUGCUUAGGCUGUGUAGUCGGUGUGUCAGGCAGUGUCUCCGGCUGUAGGAGGGAAGGGAGAGCUGUUUGUUCACUUCCUAUAUCUGCAAGGGCUAGACGGGGCAGAGGAAUAUUCGGAGAGGCCCGGACACAGCACUUCCUGGACGGCUGGAGAGGGCAGGUAGGUGGGUGUGGCAUGUUCCGUCUCCGCUUCUUGCCAGCAGUUGCAGGAUUGGCAGCUGUAACCCGCAGGUAUCAUGGAGUGGCUAAUCCUGUCCGCCACAGGAGGAAGCUAAUGAUGGCAGCUUUUGUGGGUGCGACUGCAGUUUCCGCAAGUGCUGGAUUACUUUGGAAGAGAGCUAAUGCAGAAGCACAGUCUUCAGUCAAGCACAAUUUGAAAGAUGAAUCCAGUGCCAAGGGAAAGGAAGAGGAAGAGCAGGAAAAUGAUGUGGAUCAGGCUGUGGAGUCAAGUGAUGAAGAACCGCAACCAGAGGAGGGCAGGAAGAAGAAGCAACGUACAGGAUUUCGGGAUCGUAAGGUGAUGGAAUAUGAAAACAGAAUUCGAGCUUAUUCAACGCCAGACAAAAUCUUCCGCUAUUUUGCCACCCUGAAAGUGAUACACGAGACUGGGGAAUCUGAAGUAUUUAUGACGCCUCAAGAUUUUGUGCGAUCAAUAACACCCAAUGAGAAACAGCCAGAGAAUUUGGGCCUAGAUCAGUUUAUCGUAAAGCGUUAUGAUGGAAAGGAUUUCUGGCAGACAGAGAAAAUUUCCCAAGAGCGAGAGAAGUUUGCAGAUGAAGACAGUAUCUUCUUUGCGCUAGGUGAAUGUGGACUUAUCUCAUUCUCCGAUUACAUUUUUCUUACCACAGUUCUUUCAACUCCUCAAAGAAACUUUGAAAUUGCUUUCAAAAUGUUUGAUCUGAAUGGAGAUGGAGAAGUAGACAUGGAAGAAUUUGAACAGGUUCAAAGCAUCAUUCGAUCUCAGACCAGCAUGGGUAUGCGCCACAGGGACCGCUCUACUACUGGCAACACGCUCAAGACUGGAUUCAGCUCUGCACUCACCACCUACUUUUUUGGUGCGGAUCUGAAGGGGAAGCUUACUAUCAGCAAUUUUUUGGAAUUUCAGCGCAAACUCCAGCAUGAUGUGCUGAAACUCGAGUUUGAGCGCCAGGAUCCAGUGGAUGGUCACAUCACUGAGCGCCAGUUUGGCAGUAUGCUUCUGGCAUAUAGUGGAGUACAAUCCAAGAAACUCACUCAAAUGUUAAAACAGCUGAAAAAACGCUUUAAGGAUGGAGAGGGCCUGACUUUUAAAGAAGUUGAACAUUUCUUUACUUUCCUAAAGAACAUUAAUGAUGUGGACACAGCUCUAAGUUUUUACCACAUGGCAGGUGCCUCUCUGGAUAAAGUUACAAUGCAGCAAGUUGCCAGGACAGUGGCCAAAGUGGAGCUCUCUGACCAUGUCUGUGAUGUAGUCUUUGCGCUUUUUGACUGUGACGGGAACGGAGAAUUGAGCAAUAAAGAGUUUAUUGCUAUCAUGAAGCAGCGAUUGAUGAGAGGACUGGAAAAGCCAAAAGAUAUGGGAUUCCAUCGCCUUGUAAGAGCUAUGUGGAAGUGUGCCCAGGAGACAGCUUGGGACUUCACUUUACCUAAAGCGUAAGAAGAAAAGAACCUCACUGGGAUUCUGAAGACAAUACAGACUCUGCAAUCUGAGAAUGUAAAGGGGCUUGGUCCUUGAACAAAAAGUUUUAAAAUGCUUGAAUUAUCGGCUUUGUCAGAUGCUAUGGCUCAGCUUGACCGCACCACACAUCCACCACAUUUUGCAUAUAUUUCAUAAAAAAAAAAAAACGCAAAAUGCAAUACAAUUACAUUAAUAAGCACCAUUUAUAAAUUACUGUUAUCCUUACUAUAUCCAUAAACACUGUGUGAUGCUUGUUAAGACAUUAGCCAUCUUUUGAAUGAUCUUUCAUGCUCUUGACAUACUUUCCUUUUUGCAUAAGGUAUGAUAUUUCAUAAUGUGAAACUUGUCCCUUCAGUCACAAUUAACAACUGAAGUGGGCCUAAAUCCUACUUGUUGUUCACAUAUCAUUCAGCUUCGAUGUGUCUUUUUUAACUUCUGUUUUAAAGUCGUUCUUAACUCAUGCAGACAGACAUUCAUGUUGAGCCAAACCAGUAGCACCAAACCUAUUGAUACGGCUGCUUACAUAUACAUCUGAAGCACAUACAGAACAUUUUUACAGAUAAAAUAUGCUUAUGACAGUCGGGUUUAUCUGUACAUUCAGUCCUGAAGGUGCUGCCUAACUGGACUGAACUGGAGGGAGGAUGCUUGAAAUGGGAAGAGGUUUGAGGUUUCCGGUACAACCCCUAUAAAUGCUUUGUGUGCUGAUGUGUUGAUCUUCACUUAUUGAAUUAUAUGUCUUUGGGUAUGUCUUAGUUUGUUUAUUUUCAUUUUAUACCUCCUAGUGACUAUUAAAAAAAAAUACAAUUAUACAGUCACCAAAGAGUGGCAACAUAUUUUAUAUAUUUCUUUCUAGAAUCUACAGAAUAUAGUUUGUGUAAAAUGAUCCUGUCCCUGAAGAGUAACAAGUUCACUAGUCAUCAGAUUAUUUUAUUUUUACACUCUCAAUAAUAAUGUCAGCCUCAAGGUCCCAUCGGUGCUAUCCCACCAAUACAGUGUUCCAGCCUUAGGUGAAAACUAUAAACAGUGCACACACAUUUAUUGACUGCUAUCAUUGGCAUAGCUUUAAUAUUUCAAUUCAUUUCAAGUAGCAGAUACAUGUACUGCUAGUUAAUUCACACCAAAAAAACACUAACAAAAAAGGGGCAGAACUGAUUAUAGUUAACUUUAUGUAAAAGUUUAACAGAACUAUUCCCACUGAACAUGACAUAAAUGUGCAUGGAAUUUGUCUAACAACUAUUAAAUAAUUAUGGUACUAUUAGGGAACCAUGCAUUGUUUAGCCAUAUAUUUGAACUGAACAUUGGAAGUGCCAUUAAGGGAAUUUAGAUUUGAUUUGGUAAGAAGGGAUAUAAGGUUAUGCAAUUGUAAAUAAGCAAUAAAAUAUGUUUUGUUGAAAUAA